UGUUGAGAAACACUACUAGUCUGCUUGUGACAUCAACCACGCAAGCAUGGAUACGGACGUUUGAAAGUUCGAUCAGACAGUAAGUAAUCCGAUUGACGGCGCAGCGAGUGUUCUCUCGAAUCGAAUACCGCGAGUGUUUCUUGCAACGACAAAAGUUUAUGCGCGGAAGUGUAAAUUCGAGAGAAUUGCAAUCUGACACAUUCUACGACAUUGCAUUUUCUAUCAAAACUCCAAGGCCAAGCAUAUCUACGUUAAUCCGUUCAAUUGAUCGUCUAUAAAUUAAAGGUGCUAUUGGGUGCUCAAGUAUGGCGACGUACGCAUUACGCAACAUUCAAAACCUGAGUCGACUUCUGGAUGCUGGAAAAAAAACGCUCGCUUCCACAUUAAGAUGUGCAUCAACGAUACCGCAAAACAGGAUUAAAACGGGACCAAAUGGCGAGAAGAUUAUUAUAUCUCCGUUUCCUGAUGUUACCUAUCCGGAAACCUUGUUACACGAGUUUGUUUGGAGCAACAGCGAGAAUUAUCCAAAUCAUAUCGCCUUGGAAUGUGGCGUAAAUGGCAAAAAGUACACGUACGCGCAAGCCAAAGACGCGACAAGUUAUAUCGGCAGAAGUUUACGAAACAUAGGGCUUAAAACAAAUGACGUGAUAGCGAUUAUAGCACCUAAUUUGCCAGAUGCAAUUUUAGGCUUACUUGGCAGUUCAUCAGGAGGAUUUAUCGCCACGACUAUGAAUCCUGUGUUUACAGCCGAGGAAAUAUCGAGGCAGAUGUUGAAAGCCAAUGUAAAAGCGGUUAUCACCUCGACCGUGAUUGCACCCACCGCACUCGCUGCGACGAAAGCUUGUCUUCCACCCGGAACGCCCUUUAUAGUGAUUGACGACAAGACUGGUCCUAUUCCAGAAGGUUCGAUACCUUUUGACGAUCUCAUAACGCGAGGUAAAUCACUAUCGCCUGUAAAGUUAGACGCGACCUGUGACGAUAUAGUGGUUUUACCAUUUUCAAGCGGUACAACAGGAUUACCAAAGGGUGUGAUGUUGACACAUCGCAAUCUAAUAUCCAAUAUAGUAAUGACUCAUUCCAGUACUUUAAAUUUUUUUCAGCCUACUUCAGACACAUUUCAAGAUGUAAUACCCUUAAUAUUACCAUUUUUCCACAUUUAUGGAAUGAACAGCGUGACGUAUCCGCGCCUUCAUUUUGGGUCAAAGAUAGUCACUAUUCCAAAAUUUGUACCAGAAACGUUUCUCAAUGUAAUGGAAAAAAGUAAGGCGACUUCUCUAUUCGUCGUACCACCGAUCGUAAUAUUUCUGUCGAAUUCUCCUCUUGUGAAGAAGAAACAUCUCGAGCAUCUUCACUUAAUAAUGAGCGGUGCCGCGCCACUCGCCAAAUCAGACGCCGAUAAAUUGAUCGAUAAGUUCAACAUUGAUACCAACGUCACGAAGGUCUGCCAAGGUUACGGUCUGACAGAGAGUGCCCCGGUCGCAUUUAUUGAACGUGAAAUGAAAUAUUCCAGUAUCGGCAAGAACAUAGCGAGUUGCGAAGUACGUUUGGUAGAUAUUGCGACUCAACAAGACAUUUGCACACCUCAUCAAAGCGGCGAAUUGUUGGUCAGAGGGCCUCACGUAAUGAAGGGAUAUCUCAAUGAUGACGCUUCCACGAAGGCAACGUUAACCGAGGAUAAUUGGUUGAAAACGGGCGAUCUCGCUUAUUUCGAUGAGGAUUUAGACUUCUACAUUGCGGACAGAAUGAAAGAGCUUAUCAAAGUCAAAGGAUUCCAGGUUCCACCGGCGGAACUGGAAGCGCUGCUGCGGACGCAUCCGGACGUGAUGGAGGCAGCAGUGAUUGGUAUUCCGCACGCGAGAGAUGGCGAAGUACCGAGAGCAUUUGUGGUGGCGAAAAAAGAUAAGAAACCCACCGAGGAUGACAUUAAAAACUUCAUAAAAGGAAAAGUCUCCGAAUACAAGGAACUCAAAGGUGGUGUCGCAUUUGUUAACGAAAUUCCAAAGAGCACGACUGGAAAGAUUUUAAGAUCGAAGUUGAAGAGCGAGUUCAAGUCUUAACGUCAUAGAAAUUUUUCUGAAGCGAGUUGUUGGACAUAAAUAGAAAAUUAUCAAAUAUUUUUUAUUACACUGGUGGUGCACAAAGAAAGGGUACAUAGAAUUAAAUGUUUUACGGAAAUCUAUUAUAUAAAGUAUUUAUCAUGUACUAUAUGUUAUAUUUUUAAUAUAAUAUGUUUUAUAGAAAUUUUUUAUUCGAUGACGUUGUAAAUCUGUAAAUCUUUUGUAAAAGAUGUACAUAAAGAUUAUCAAUAUAAAUUCGAGAAACGACUAUGUAUAGAUAAUUGAGCUACUAUUAUAAAACUACAAUUAGAGAAAAUCAUAGACUUAAUAUUUUAUGUAAACUUGUUGAUGUUGUUAAUCUGCUCAAUUUUGAAACAAAACAGUUGUAUAACAGUUACAUGUUUUUUUUUUUUUUGACGGUUUUAAUGUGACUGAAGCCAUAUUAUAGAAGCCAGAAAACAAAUUCUUGUAUCUGGUAAAGUCUAUUCCACAUAUUAUUCUUUAAGUUUUCCAAAGAAAUAUUAAUUUUCCAAAGAAACUUAAAGAAUAAUAAGA